CCUAAACAGCUCGUCAACCACCUCGGUAGCUUGCUAGCCAACAUAGCCGAAAGAUUCAAGCUAUUUAUACGCUUUCGGUGUAUAUUAGCUACUGUGUGUUAGACACACUUAGGUCGUAUCUACUUGUUAACCUAUUUAAUUUAAUAUUACGUUAUUUUGUAUUAGUCAACUAUAGUAGCUGGCUGGUUAAAUUAGCACUAGCCUAGUCGCGAAUGAUAGCUAGCUAGCUAACAUCCCCGACCAUGAGUUCAAUAAACUACUCCACUCUCGUUAAAGAAGAGGCGGUCUGCUGGACGGAGAAAGAAGCUCUUGGGCUGAACAUUGUCGUUAAAGAGGAGAAGGAAGAAGAGGAUGUUACAGUAAAACAAAAAGUAGAGGGUGAGGCUGUUACCCUGAAAGAAGACGAGAAAGACGUUUCAGUGAAAGAAGAGGAAGACGCGUUCAGAGUGAAAGAAGAGAAAGACGUUUCAGUAAAAGAAGAGGAGGAAGAGAAAGAGGUGGAUGCAGUUUUUGGAGUGAAGAAGGAAGGGGAGAUUACUGUCACAUUGAAAGAUGAAGAGGAGGAGAUAGGAGAUCUGAUUAACACCAGAGAAAGACGUGACUAUCGUGGAUCCUCUGGGGAGCCUCAACAACAUCAUGAUGCUGACGAGGCAGAGAAAAGUCUCUCCCGAUCAGAACUCCUCAAGAAACACCAGCAGAGACCCACAGGAAAGAAAUCUCACCGCUGCUCUGACUGUGGGAAAAGAUUCAACUACUCAUCACACCUUAAAAUACAUCAAAGAAUUCACACAGGAGAGAAACCUUUUAGCUGUGAUCAAUGUGGGAAGAGUUUUGUUAAAUCUAGCCAACUGACUCAACACCAGAGAACACACACAGGAGAGAAAUCUUAUAGCUGUAAUCAAUGUGGGAAGAGUUUUUCUACUUCUAGCUAUCUAACUGUACACCAUAGAACACACACAGGAGAGAAACCGUAUAGCUGUAAUCAAUGUGGGAAGAGUUUUUCUACUUCUAGCCUCCUAACUAUACACCAUAGAACACACACAGGAGAGAAAUAUUAUAGCUGUAAUCAAUGUGGGAAGAGUUUUUGUCAAUCUAGCAAUCUGACAUUACACCAGAGAACACACACAGGAGAGAAACCUUAUAGCUGUGAUCAAUGUGGGAAGAGUUUUGUUCGAUCUGGCCAUCUGACAGUGCACCAGAGAAUACACACAGGAGAGAAACCUUAUAGCUGUGGUCAAUGUGGGAAGAGUUUUUCUACUUCUGGCUAUCUAACUGUACACCAUAGAACACACACAGGAGAGAAACCUCAUAGCUGUGAUCAAUGUGACAAGAGUUUUUCUACUUCUAGCCAGCUGACUAUACACCAUAGAACACACACAGGAUAGAAAUCUUAUAGCUGUGAUCAAUGUGACAAGAGAUACUCUGAAUAAAGAUCUCUGAUCAAAUAUCAGAAAAUUGAUACAUGAAGGAGUUGUUUCAUGAUAUCAAUGAAUUAAUGUCACAAUGUAGAAUGUUUUAACAUUGUAGUAGGAGUAUUUUAAUGUCUCAGUGUAGAAAGUUUUAAUAUAUAGUAUAUUAAUAUACUCUGCAGUCAGUCAGUCAGAAUGUCACAAUGUAGAACCCUAAACGUUUGCCCCCUUAUCAAUUGGUUUCAACAUGAUAUGGAUAUUAGGCUCAUUGGGAGAAAUCCAGGCUCUGAAUUGAAAGAGUAUUAUUUAUGUGAUUUAACACAAAGUGACGAACAAAAAAAGAGUUGUCCUCUAACCAGUGAUGUACACAUUAUUCCCAGAAUCAAUUGAUUUCAACAUGAUAUCGAUGAGUUAUGACAAAUAAGUGUUGUGUUCCUUUGUUUAGCGACCCCUAAAUUUAAAUGCACCACUCCAAUAUGUAGCUGACUGUCUUCUGCAGGUUGUCCUCUAACCAGUGAGUUAAAAGAUAUCUCCCAUUUCCAUGUGUUUUUUAGUUGUUAGUUUCAACAGCACGUACAACCUGAUUUCCCCCUAAUCGAUAUCAGUGAUUUAUUGCUACUUGUCAAAACAACAGUGUUUCUGGUGCUUGUGCAGUUUAUAAGGAGCUUGUUUAAAAAAAGAAAAUUCUUGUGGCAGAUGUUUCUGUAUAUACCACAUGUUAGGUUUUCAAUUUAUCCCAAACUGUUUCUGCAUAUUGGUUAUUGAUUUGGACACGUUAAAACUGUGUUUUGACAUUGGGCUAUCCCAACUAGCAAAAUGUAAUUGAAAAGCCGCUGAAAAUAUUACUAUGCAAUCAAAUAUUUCAUAUUUGCAUUUCAUGUAACAUUAAGUAAUGAUAAUUGUUUAUGCAACCAACUGACAGUUUUUUGGUACAAUUAUGUUGACAUUGUUGCCCUGUUUUUAGAAUAUCAGGGUUAAUUCUCACAUGUGCCAACCCAAAUGUACUAGAGCAUGACAUUGGGGACUGGGCCCCGAUCCAACAACAUGCCUAUCUAGUGAACCCUGAAAAGAGAGAGAAGCUCCGCAGUGAUUUGGAAAGUUACUAUGGUUAUUGCAGGAGUUUCCUCUUGAAAUCAGACAUGUCCGUGUUAAGGACAACUUGGUUGCUGAUUGUUUCAAGGGUGGGCAGUCAUAGUUUUGCGUUUAGCCAUUGCGUUGCCAUGGAUCACAAUUUAUUUUGACUGCACGGUUUUCCGUAUUGGAGAUGAGUUUUGUUUGGGCUCAUUCCAAGGGGACGAGAGUUCUAGAAGCUAAUGAGUUUUAGGAAGACGAGAGUUCUAGAAGCUGGUGAGUUUUAGGAUUCUAUAGAAUGAAAAAGGAGAAAAAUAAUACGAUUGUAUAUUAUUAUUUAGAAAUGUGUGUUUUUUCUUGUUUUUAAUUGUUGACAGCCAGUAGACACCAUGUUUAAAUUGUAGAAGGUGAAGCAUUGUAGUUGAUUAUAAUGUAAAAUGGAAGUUGUUUUCUGUUGGUGGUGAGCAAACUUGUCCAACAAAAGUUAUAGGAUUUAUUUGUUGUCUUAAGGGGGAAGGUGUUCCAGGCUUUCGUUUUUCCAUUUAUGUUUUGAGGUUGGACUUUAGCACGUAUAGCUCGUUAGCACGUAGGGCGCAUUGAUUGGUGUCACCUCGUUAGUCAGUAUGUGUAACACCAGUUCUUUUGUUGUCUUCUUCUUGGGCAGAUUUAGUGGGUCUCAUGGUGGGUGACUUUUAUGUCCCAGUUGUUGUUACUAGUCAACUUUCAGUGGACACAGAGCAAAAUUGCAAGAUUAUGUUAUAAUUCUUUUAUUGGAUCAAAUGGUUGUUUUAUGCAACAGAAUAGAGGGUUCUUAGAACUAUUGAGUCUGUGUGUUUUACUGAGGACGGGCCUCUGGGAGAUAACACUGACAGGAGAUUUACAAUGUCUUUUGGGUGACAAAACCUAAAGAGACCACAUUCCAGAGCAUGAGUUAAUGUUUCUGUUCUAUAUGGUACCAGGGAGAGAUGACCCCAGGGCCAGACCCUGGUCUCUACACAAAGAGUACUGUUUUUACAGCAGAUGCUGUCUGCUGAGAAUUAUAAGUAUCUUUCAUACCAGUCUUAACCUUGUGACCUGUUCUAUGCAUCUGUUGUUGGUCAUGUAGGUUGAAAGGGGUUUAUCUUGGCUGUAAAGACCUUUGUACUUUUGUAUCGUGGCUCUCAACAAAUCAUCUGGGGGUGAUUUGUUGACCAGCCAUCGUUAUCGUAGAGCACUCAAUUGAUUCGCGUUGUGUUGACCUGCUCCCUUAUUAAUAAGUGAAUAAAUAUUUAGAUUAAACUCUGA